GGUGUCUAGCAAUGACAAUAACGUGUUUUGAGUACACUUGAACUAAACUUCCGGAGGCCACAGGUGUAUUCCCUUGGUGGUUCUAGAUGCCACAAAGGAAACCUUGGUGAUUGGAACUGUCAGGAAGGAAACCAAUAGCACCACAGUAAAGUGGCAUUAUCCAAACGGUUCGAUUUCUAACACCAGUUAUAAUUUCAAACGGUGGCAGUAACCACUGUGCAACGUAUGGUUCUGACUCCCCUUAGGAGGUUCUGGUUCCCCCAGGAGGAUCUGAUUCCCCCAGGACGUUCUGAUUCCCCCAGGACGUUCUGAUUCCCCCAGGAGGCUCUGGUUCCCCCAGGAGGUUCUGAUUCCCCCAAGAAGCUCUGGUUCGACAAUCACCAUCAUGAUUAAGAUUGCACUGUGUAUGCUGAUGACCUUGUCCCAGACAACAGAUGGGGGGUAUCUGCUGCCUGCCGCCAAGGACGCCGACGUUCCCGUGGGCCCAGUACAGUUCAUGAUGGCCCAGGACACACGUUACAGUAGUCUGGCGAUGUCGUCCGCUGGCGCCAUGCUGUGGACGUCGUCCACAGACUCCCUGACAGACUGCGCUCGACUGUGUGUUCGGGAGGUAACCUGUGUGGCGUUGUUCUACAAUACGCUCACCGGCGUGUGUGUGGCUCUCAACGUUGAGUACGGAAAAACAAAGUCGAAAACCGUGAAAGAGGCAGACAAUGUGUACUACACGAAAAUCACUAAAACUCCCUUUACAACAGCUUCUGUGGCAUCAUCUCUUCCGACUAUAGCUGCACCUAGCGUCGCGAAGAAAGCUAAAGGUUGACUGUAGGGCCAAUAAGAAUUUACCUUGUAGUUGUUUGAUAUUAAAAGUAACAUCCCAGAUUUCCAGAUUUCAGAAAACUUCUAACUAACCCCGAGGCCCUUGUGAAUAUUUGGCGAGUAUUAAAUGAAAUACAAACCCUCAAAA